AACAAGAAGAGUUGGCACAUAAUUCAAAAGAUCAUCUAGAAAUUGUCAAAGAUAUAUUAUUAGAAAAAGAGUGUGGUGUACUAGAUUAUAGGCUUAAAGAACUCAUUAAAGAUGAAUACAAGCAGAUACAAAACCCUUAA